CACAGUAGCAAAUGGGGCCUGUAACUGUAUCCAGUGGAAAAUUAAAUCGGCAUCGUGAGUGACAAACAGAUACCCAGACUUCAUGAAAAUUCCUUCAGGAUAGCUGGCUGCGUUCUUCUUGCAUGAUGAGUGGCUCCAAGCCGGAUAUCCUGUGGUCUCCGCACCACGUGGACCGGUUCGUGAUCUGCGACUCGGAGCUCAGCCUGUACCGGAUCGAAUCCAUGGGCAGCGCGGAGGCCAAACCGGGAGCGCUUCCGCUCUCCGAAGAGACGGCGGCCACGCUGCUCGCCAUCAACUCGGACACGCCGUACAUGAAGUGCGUGGCCUGGUACCCCAAGCACGAACCUGAGUGCCUGCUGGCUGUGGGGCAGGCUAACGGCAGGGUGGUCCUCACCAGCCUGGGCCAGAGCCACAACACCAAGUGCAAGGAUCUGAUGGGGAAGGAGUUUGUGCCGAAACACGCGCGGCAGUGCAACACCCUCGCCUGGAACCCCAUGGACAGCAACUGGCUGGCAGCCGGUCUGGACAAACACCGGGCGGACUUCUCAGUUUUGAUCUGGGACAUCAGCAGUAAGUUUGCUCCCGAGGCCUCUGUCCCUACGGAUAAGAUCCGUCUCUCGUCAGGUGACACAGACUCGGGCAUGGUGGUGACCAAACCGCUGUACGAGUUGGGCCAGAAUGACGCCUGCCUGUCUCUCUGCUGGCUCCCGCGCGACCAGAAGCUUCUGCUGGCUGGCAUGCACCGCAACCUGGCCAUCUUCGACCUGCGCAACACCAGCCAGAAGAUGUUUGUCAACACCAAGGCCAUCCAGGGCGUGACGGUGGACCCGCACUUCCACGAACGCGUGGCCUCCUUCUUCGAGGGCCAGGUGGCUAUCUGGGACCUGCGCAAGUUCGAGAAGCCGGUGCUGACGCUCACGGAGCAGCCCAAGCCCCUCACCAAGGUGGCGUGGUGCCCGACGCGCACGGGCCUGCUGGCCACGCUGACCCGCGACAGCAACAUCGUCCGGCUCUACGACAUGCAGCACACGCCCACCCCCAUCGGCGACGAGACGGAGCCAACCAUCAUCGAGCGCAGCGUGCAGCCCUGCGAGAGCGUCAUCGGCAGCUUCGCCUGGCACCCGUCCUCGCAGAACCGCAUGGUGGUGGUGUCGCCCAACCGCGCCAUGACGGACUUCACCGUGUUCGAGCGCAUCUCGCUGGCCUGGAGCUCCACCACCUCGCUGAUGUGGGCGUGUGGGCGGCACCUGUACGAGUGCACGGAGGAGGGCGGCGAGGGCAGCGCGGCGGAGGUGGACAUCGCCACCAAGAUGAGGCAGCGCGCCCAGUCUCGAUACGGCCAUGACACCGUCCAGGUGUGGAGAAACCAUCUGCUGGCCGGAGGGAAUGACCCACAGCUCAAAUCCCUCUGGUAUACUCUAUAUUUUAUGAAACAGUACACUGAAGACCUUGAGCAAAAGCAGCAAGGGAACAAACAGCCUCUGGUGUAUUCAGGCAUCAAGAACAUUGUCAAGUCCAGCUCUGGUACGACGGAGAGCCGACGCUGCUGGAGCGGCUCGGACAGACAGACGGACGUGCUGCGGUUCCACAGCGAGGAGCGGAGCUUGGCCCUGCAGCUGUGCGGCUGGAUCAAGCGGGGCCCGGAGAUCGAUGUGGAGCCCUUCCUCAAGUCCCUGGAGCAGGAAGGGGAGUGGGAGCGUGCCGCAGCCGUCGCCCUCUUCAACCUGGACAUCCGGAGAGCCAUCCAGAUCCUCAACAAGGGCGCCUCCUCUGAAAAAGGGGACUUGAACCUGAAUGUGGUUGCCAUGGCGUUGUCGGGCUACACAGAUGAGAAGAACUCCCUGUGGCGAGAGAUGUGCAGUUCCCUGAGACUCCAGCUGAACAACCCUUACCUGUGCGUCAUGUUUGCCUUCCUCACCAGCGAGCCGGGGGCCUACGAUGCUGUGCUGUACGAGAGCAGUGUGGCAGUCAGGGACAGAGUGGCCUUCGCGUGUAUGUUUCUCAAUGACUCCCAGUUGCCUCGUUACAUUGAGAAGCUGACAAAUGAGAUGAAAGAGGCGGGCAACCUGGAGGGGAUCCUGCUGACAGGGCUGACCAAGGAUGGGGUGGACCUGAUGGAGAGCUACGUUGACCGGACCGGAGACGUUCAGACCGCCAGUUUCUGCAUGCUCAAGGGCUCCCCAGGGGACGUGGUGAAGGACCCACGUGUCCAGUGCUGGAUUGAGAACUACCGCAACCUGCUGGACGCCUGGAGAUUCUGGCACAAAAGGGCUGAAUUUGACAUCCACCGGAGCAAGCUAGACCCCAGCUCAAAGCCCCUUGCACAGGUUUUUGUGAGCUGUAACUUCUGUGGGAAGUCCAUCUCCUACAGCUGCUCAGCGAUGCCGCACCAGGGUCGCGGCUUCAGCCAGUACGGGGUCAGUGGCUCGCCCACCAAGUCGAAGGUCACCAGCUGCCCAGGCUGCCGCAAGCCCCUCCCCCGCUGUGCACUCUGCCUGAUGAACAUGGGCACACCUGUGUCAAGCUGCCCAGGCACAGGUAAAUCGGACGAAAAGGUGGACCUCAGCAAGGACAAGAAGCUGGCCCAGUUCAACAAUUGGUUCACCUGGUGCCACAAUUGUCGCCAUGGUGGCCACGCGGGCCACAUGCUCAGCUGGUUCAGAGAUCACACAGAGUGCCCCGUCUCUGCCUGUACCUGUAAGUGCAUGCAGUUGGACACCACAGGGAAUCUGGUCCCUUCUGACAGCGUCUAGAGAUUCUCCUGUGCAGACACCCAACCCCCAAAACGCUGUCAGCGGUCUCCUUGAGGGGUCCCCUUCUCCACCGUUCCCUGGGACCACGCCUAACACUGGGGGCCCCGAGUGCUCGGGUUGCUGAUAUGUCUACAGUGUCUUUCAGCAGAGGGGGAAUAUGUUCCCCUCUGGCCUUUGUGUCUUGAGCCUUACCUCAGAGAAGUACUCAGCAUCCUGAAGGAACAUUCUGGAAGGUGUCUUUGAGGUCAGAGCAACCCCCUGACCCAUGCUUUGAUGGAUGUAGCUGAGAUGCAGUCAGCCCACAGGAACGCUGAUCAAAGAUCAUUAAAUGCUAACAGCCUAUGGAAGAAAAAUGAACACUUCUGAAAAUUCAGCCGCAACGGUCCUAAAGAGGUUAACAUUCACUAGAAUUGUCAUACUUGCUUCUCGGGCAUGACUCUGUCACAUUCAGGUGGUUUGUGGUGACAUGUGGGCUGAACACAAGGUGUCAGUAUACUGACACU